AUGACCUCAAAACGACGGGCAGCUGCCGCAGCUUCCCCAGAUCUGAAGUUUCGUAGAACGAAACGUCAAAGGGUAUCCGGCGAUGAUAUCAUGAUUCCCGAGGAGUCCAAUCGUGCGUCGUCGCAUCAGGACUCAGAGGAAGCUGAUCAGACACGGGAGUCGCAGGCCGAGUCUGAGGCAGAUUUUGAAGGUGAUAGUCUUCAGACUGCACAAGACAAGAUUAUGUCCGAGUUGACCCGGCUCAAGGAUUCGGAUGGCGAGGACAUUUCUUACCCGUUCAUUGGGAAGCCAGAUCGGAAUCUGUACCGGGACUAUUAUGAGAUCAUUCAACAUCCCGUGUCCUUACGGAGCAUCCAAAAGAGAGUUCGCGGUACAGACAGCAGGAAGAAUUCAUCCAAAACCACCGCAUAUCCUACAUGGCAGUCCUUCGAAGAGGAGGUCAGCUAUGUAUGGCGAAAUGCUAGGGAAUAUAACGAAGACAACAGUGAUAUCUCUGUUCUCGCUGGAGUUUUGGAGGAUCACUUCCACCGACGGGUUGCGGAAGCUAAAAAGCUUGUUCCUAAUCCCCUUGAGGUACAUCGAACCCUUGAGAUGCCUCGCAUCAAAUUGAAAGUGGGCAAUACUAUGCCCCCAAUGGCGCAGAGGUUAACCUUGAAAAUGCCUGGGCAGACCUCCGAUACACUAUCCAAGAAUGAUGGACACGCCUCGGAUGUCAUAUUCAAGAACGAAUCCCAAGGCAAUACGCAAGAUAUUGCCGGAGCUGGAUUACCAGCAGGUCAAGAAAUCAAUGGAUCUCCUCGGGAAUUCUCUCUUGGGGGGCAAUUCGGCAGCCCCAGGUCAAGCACCAUAACCACACAAUCUGGUUCAGAGCAACAACAGAACAGUUCCAUGAGUGCACAGGGCUUACUGGAAUCGAUGUCAAACGCAGCUAGCCUAACAAUAUCCACUUCGCAAAAUCAUCCGGGUGCGUCUUUUGAUGUGUCUUCGGAUGUUCCUCGACAUUCAUCCUCGAGUUCAGCCCAUUACCAGCCGCAUUUCGGCUACUCGCCCAUGGAUUCGCUUCUAAGGCGAUCAGGCCAAGACCCAAGGAUGGCUUUGAUUAGUAAUGUUCGGAUUCUUACACAUGCCUCUUUAUCGUUGCAACCGGACUUCUGCCUAGAUAUCCCCCCUUCGUCGCUUGUUUCACAACAGAAUAUCAUAGUCCAUCUUCCUCCGUCGCAUAGUGUACUGACAGUCAGGCCUCGUUUAGCGGCUAGUACUUCCCAGCGACAGGUAAAGAUCGUUGCACUCACGGGUAUACAGCGCCUUCAUUCAUCUGGAGAUGCUGCUACACUUUCAUAUGAUAUCCAUCUGCACCCUGGCAUGACAAGGGUUGACUUGGAAGCUAUUGCUGGGCCGGCUAGAGGAGUCCCGAAAUCCGGCCCCCUGGGUCGGAAGUUGAUUAUGAACGUGUCACUCUAUUCUUUAAUCUGCUACGUUAACAAUGAUGUCGAAUAA